AUGCGUCUCAACUCCUACCUCACUGCGGUUCUAACCGCAACCUUGUCUCUCUCCCCUCCUGUUCUCGCAGGAGGCAAACACCACCCGAAGAACUUCUACGCUCGCAAUCUCAAAACUAUAUCCUCAAUCUACAACCUCACCGUCUUCCCCAACAACGUCCCCAUCAUCACACACGGCGGCUCCGCCGUACCCAAAGGUCUCUUUGCCGCCAAUGCCUCCGGCCGUGUCUCGCCUUUAGGAAACUUCACGGGCUUCGAGGACAGCAUUGAGUAUUUCUUUGCGUUGGCACUUACGCCAAAUGAGCCAUCGUUUUCGGUUUUCACGAGUGCGAAGGUUGUGAGCUUUAUUAGCGGGUGUGCGAAUGUGGCGGCUAGUGUGGCGUAUUUGGAGACGAGAGUGUUGAACCCAAAGUCGACGGAUAAUGGGAAGUAUCUCAGUACACUCAAACAGGUAGCAUUCUGGCGCUUCGACGAUGACGGUGCUGUCAUCGCAUACGAUGCAUGGAUCCCCAACCUCAAUAUCUGGAACUUCCUCGCACGGGGAGAGGCAGAUAUCACCAAUCCUUUCGUGCAGCAAGCUUUCAUCCAGCGCAUCUGUCCAACCAUCCAAUCGCUCUGCACGGGUAAAAAUCAGCAAUACACUGACACCAUCUCCUGUAUCGCCUCAAUGACCGCCAAACCCUUCGGCAACUACGACGAAGUAUGGGGCGACAACGUCGCCUGCCGCACCAUCCAUCUCAUCCUCGCAGGCGUACGACCCGACGCACACUGCCCGCACGUCGGACCUGAUGGCGGCAUGAAGUGUGUGAAUGAGCCGUACAAUCAUGGGUACUUCGAUGACGAGGACUUGUUUGGACAGCCGACUGGGAAGACCUUCGUGUGUCCCGAUAAGGAGGAGGAGCAUGAUCCGUAUAGAAUGGAGCUGGUUUGA